AUGGGUCUCUCAGAUGCAACGGUGCAGUGGUGGGAUGAGUGGAAGCUACGCCUCCUCGUCUUGUGCAGCCUCUCUGUCCAGUUCUUCCUCAACUUCUCUUUUUGGGUGCGUAUAUGGCCCAGGCUACGGAGGUUGAGGGUGCUGGUGUGGAUGGCGCACAUAGGCGGGGAUGCCUUGGCCAUCUACGCUCUCGCCACCCUCUUCAACCGCCAAAAGCAGCAAACUGCGGACGGGGGGAGCGACGCUCUCGAGCUCAUAUGGGUGCCUUUUCUCCUCAUUCACCUCGGUGGCCCGGAGAUGAGUGCCUACAGCCUCGAGGACAAUGAGCUAUGGAAGCGGCAUGCCUUAACUCUGGUAUCCCAAGUCGCGGUCGCCUUGUACAUCUUCUGCAAGUGGUGGUCCGGCCAAAAGAUGCUCCUGCAGGCGGCAGUCUUGCUCUUUGUCGUCGGCAUCCUCAAGUUCGGUGAGAAGCCAUGGGCCCUUAAGAAGGCCAGCUUUAAUACCAUGGCCUCCAAAAGUUUGUCCACACCAAGAGAAGAAGGAUCCCUCCCUCCAUGUUGGAAAUGGUGCACUUCGGAUUGCACAGAUUUUGCUUCAGCAAAAAUGAAGGAAGAAGACCAGAGCAACCUUUCAAUUGAAGACUAUGUAAAAGAAGCAAAGGGGCUUGUCCUAAGCACGGGGGUACAAAGUGAAAGUGACCAAAAGACGGAGGUUGUCAAAAAAAUUCCAGAUGCAACGAGCUACACCUCUAUGAUGCUCGUGGACCUAUCUACCAGGUACUCUCUUCGUCUUGAGUAUCUGCGGUAUUUCCUCACGAUGGAUGACAAGAAUGGACACGAUCUUUUACGGUUGUGGAUUCUGAAUACAUUUAAUGCCCUGUACACCAAAAGGGCAUCAGCCAGUACUUGUUUUGGCUGCUGCUCUGGGUUAUUGCUUCCUUUCCUGGUCUUAGCUUCCCUGGUGCUCUUCGCCAAGAGUGACAAGGAUGGUUACAAUGAGGAGGACAUUACAGUAUCAUAUAUCCUAUUCAUUUGCACAGUUGUGAUUCAGUUCGCACCCUUUUUGUGCGUGCCUUGCACCAUUUGGGGCGCACUCAAUAUUGCUACUUGGCAAGACAUGGUUUCACAGCACAACCUCAUGUUAUUUUGUGCUCGCAAGAAGCAGCCCACCACUUUGAUGAAGCGUGCUACCUUGGAGUGUCUCAGAGAGUACAUUAACAAGCAAUGGUACACUUGGCAAGAGCCUGCGGCCCUCCAGAUUGAAGGGUUGAUUCGCCAGUACAUACAAGAUGGGUGGAAAGAGUACAUAAGUGAUAAUGAUCCCACCACAUACAGAAGAUUCAAUAAUCUCAGGGGACAGCGUACUCUGUUGAGGCACCCUCAGCUGGGACCGCAACUAGGUUGGAGCCUCGACCUGCCGUUCGACGAGAUUGUUCUUGUGUGGCACAUAGCCACAGAUCUCUGCUUCCACACAUCCUCCCAAGGUCAAAGUGGAGUCACCAUCCAACAUGCCAGGCAGAUAUCCAACUACAUGAUCUACCUGCUUUUCAUAUGUCCUGAGAUGCUAAUGCCAGGGACGAGGCAAGAUUUGUUCAUAAUUGCUUGUGAUGAUAUUGACCGCAUUCUCACGGACCAGAAGGAUCCACCAAGCAUUGCACGGAGGAUUCUCCUCAUGGAACAUGGUGAAGUUAAAGGAGUUGUACUUCCCAAUGCACACAAACUCGCCAAGGAGCUCAUGGCCCACCCCAACGAGGAACAGAGGUGGAAGGUGAUCCAAGGUGUUUGGGUGGAGAUGCUCUGUUAUUCUGCCAGCAGAUGCAGGGGCUACCUGCACGCCAAGAGCCUGGGUGAAGGUGGGGAAUUCCUUACAAAUGUCUGGUUCUUAUGGUCGUUGAUGGGAAUGGAAAUCUUGGGCGACAAGAUCCACAUACAAAAUCAGCCUCUUAAAGAAGAAGGAAUCAUGGGUGCUCCAGUGUGA